AUGCUGUCAGACAGUCUACGUGGAAAAGUCGCGAUUGUUACCGGUGCCGCAUCUGGUAUUGGUGCAGCUCUCGCAGAGCAUCUCGUUUCGAAAGGAUGGUGUGUGGCACUUUGUGACGUACAAGACGAUAAAGGUCGAGAACUAGCGACCUCGCUUGGCCACUCCGCGGCUUACUAUCAUUGCGAUAUUGCCUCUUACGAUUCUCAAUCAGCCGUGUUUUCCAGCAUAUGGCAAAAGUAUGGCCGCAUCGACGCCCUCAUAGCCAACGCUGCCUUCUCAGACCGCAACGCCCUGUUCCAGCUUCGACUUCGUGCGAAUGGGCUUCCUUCCAUUGAGGACAUUCCUCCUAGCCCGGACACAACUUGUGGGUGGCAGGCCUCGCCGGCCCGUCACGUGGGCUGA